AUGACCUCCUUUUCCCCACGGGAGCCGGCGGCCAUGAUAACAAUCAAGCCGAUCACGUCGGAGGCCGACAUUCCUAUUUGCGCAACUCUUGCCGACGCAGCAUUGAAACCGGAUGGCCUCCACGAGUUUCGCAAGCGCUACAGCAAGAAUGUGUAUGAUAACACCGUCGACAAGCUAACCGACGCGUUGCGAGAUGAUCGGGGCCGAUUUUCUCUGUUCAAGGCCGUCCUGUCAACGACUCCCAGCAAUGAUCGAAGAGGAGAUCCCAACGACACUGUCGAGACAGAAAACACGCAAGCUCAAGGGGAGCACGAAACCAUUGUGGGCUUUACGCUGUGGCGGAAGGGAUACCUCGAAGUGGCUAAGAUGGAUCCUUUUGCACCAAAGAACGAGACAACAGAGGGCGCGUUCAUCGACACAAGCGUCAUUAAUGUGCCGAUCUCUGAAGGUGUCAACACUGACGCCACUGCCGAUAUCCCAACUAUACCCACUACUCAGGUCAGCGGUGACGGCGCCUCAGGGCCAGAAAAGGCGAAACCAAAGCCAUUUUACGCAAACCCAGAUGAAGAGUUAUUUCGGAAACUGGGCAACGCUUAUGUCAGUGCCAUUCGAGGAAAGAGACAUUUGUAUCUACACUGGCUGGCGGUCCAUCCGUCCUACCAACGGCUGGGCAUAGGGCAGAAGCUGCUCGACUGGGGUGUUGAAGUUGCCGACAGGGAAAACAUUGUUUCAUGGUUGUUUGCGCGACCGGCUGGGAUCAAGCUGUAUGACCGCAACGGUUGGAAAGCCGUGUUGACCAUCGAUGUCGAUGUCCCCGAUGAAGAUCUGGAGGUGGCGCCUGUGGUGGCCAUGUUGAGAGUCCCUGCAAGGCAACGCUAG